AUGUAUGUUAAUAACUCCCACUCAGAGCUUCCCACGGUUAAGGAAAAUCAAGAUGUAUUAACCGAAAGCUUUGCAAGAAAGUUAUCCAUUUCGUCCCUCUCUUCACCUUCAGUAGACAUACACGGUCAAGCUGUUCCAUCUGACAUUCUUGUUGCUCUAUUAGACAGACCAACAGAAAUGGUACAGCUGGUUUCGCGUAACCGUCAGUUUUACGACGCCAUACAGCAUUACAUCACUGAGACACAAGGCGAACACGCUUGGCAACGAUUUCAAGAGAUACUUUAUAAGCCUAGAGAGAAGCUGCCGGACCGUGCAUGGCUUACGUGUAUCAGUCACUACCUUGCGCAUAAUUCGAUAUUUUUAUCAAAAUUUAAAGAAAUUGUGGGAUAUACAGAAGAUACACCUGAAACAAUCUCACCACCGUUUCAUUAUAAAAUGAGUACUUCCAGUAGCACCGCGUCCUCAAAUACAAGUCGUCGUAGAAGCCGAAGGCUCUCAGCAAGAAGCUUUGAUCUUGAUUGGCCAGAAGAGGAUAGUAUUAUUGAAGAAGAAGCUCCUGAGGUCCCAGAAGGAAUGUUUACGGACGAAGAACAGUUUUAUCAGCAAACGACGCCUGUCGGACAACAGCAGCCUAGACGCAGACGUUCUUCCUAUCAUGCUUUUCAAUCUGAGCCUCAUCCGACAUUUGUGGAAUCAAAGAUUGAUGAAGUUGAAGAAGCAGAAGUUGAAAGUGGCAACGAAAGUGACCAUCUCAGUGAAUUGCUGGACAAUGACGAAGAUGAUGAUGAUUAUAACAGUGAGGCGAAUUUACAGCGAAUCAGCCAUGAUAGCAGUCGUCAGCCUACCUUUAAAGACCGAACGAGGAAUAACAUGGGUUUGGUCCGAGUACGAGACUAUCCUGAUGUGCAGACUAGCUUACCCAAUGUUUACCCUGCCUUUUUCCGUAAGGCUAAACAAAUCUUAUCACUUGCACCCUCCUCACGUCAAUUUUCGGCAAAUGUACGUAGAAAUUCGAUCCUGGAGGGUGGAAUGCCUGCAAGCCCAGUAAUAGAUUUGGAUGAGCCUCGAGUACAAACUUGCUCAGAUAAUGAAGAAGAUGAAGAGAGCGAUCAUUUGACUCAGCUUAUAUGUACAACGCGAAGACAACAACCUGAUGAUUACCUAUGGUUAAAUAAUGUUAUGGAGGUCUUGGGCGAUUGGCCAGAGUUGGUUGAUGGUCUGAAAGAUAUCAUUGACGAUGCAUUAAUUGACCACCGCCAGAGCCGUUAA